AUGAAUAUUGAAGAUGCACAGAAAGAGAAAAAGGAAGGGCAGAUCGGAAGACACAACUCGAUAUAUGUUGGAGAUCUUCCCACCACAGUGAACGAAUCGGAGCUGUACCAAAUGUUCUCCAAAGUAGGCCAGGUCUACACGAUAAUAAUCCCGCGAAAGGAAGCCUCAGUGGUGAAAAACAAGUGCUACGCGUACGUGACAUUCUUUGACGAGUCGUCGGUUCCGCUGGCCAUCGAAUCAUUUAACUUCUACGACUUCAACGGCACAGAAAUACGAGUGAUGCCGCUGGACAAAGAAAGCGUCUCGGGGAACAGAGAGGGAAACAUCGUGAUCAAGAAUCUCCCGAAAGAAACAGACAAUCAAACACUCUACGAUACUUUUAUCAUUUUCGGAAAUAUUGUGAGCUGCAAAGUCCAGAAGAACAGCCUUGGAGAGUGCAGCGGCAUAGGAUACAUCCAGUACAAGGACCCAAAGGUAGCAGAGCUGGCGAUAAACAUGAUCAACAAAAUCACUCUCCAGGGAAAGAAGCUGGCAGCAAUCCAGUGCAUCCCAAACGACCAGAGAGAAAAGAAAAAAGAAGACAUAGAAAAAAUAUUUACAAAUGUCUACGUGAAAAACUUCCCCAAAGAGACCGCAGAGGAGGAGAUCAGAGAGGUGCUGCAGCAGUACGGAGAGCUGACAUCCUUCCUUGCGCCGCAGACAGACUCGGGGGAGCUCAAAGGGUACGUGUUUGCCAACUACAAAACACACGAGAUGGCUGAAGAAGCAAUCAAAAAUCUGCACGACAAGCCGUUCCCAUCACUCUCCCGCGCAGAGAGCAAGAAAAGCGGAAAAGAGAGCCGCAUUGACUUAAAGUCCAUUGGCGAUGCAGUAGAUGCCACCGCUUCUGGUGAAAUUAGCGGUGAAGGAAAAGAGUCUGCGCACAUUCCCAAGCUGUACGUGCAAAGAGCCAAGCCCAAGAACGAGAGAGUCGUUGAGAUGACAGAGCAGUUCGCACACUCCUCCCAGGACCAAGGAGCGUACAGGCGCAAUGUCUACGUUACAAACCUUCCUGGAACAGUGGACGAAAAAGAGGUGAUCAAACACUUUGAGCAAUUUGGAAAGAUAGUCACGCACAAAAUAGGAACAGACGUGAAAAACAACAGAUCGUACGCAUACAUAUGCUACGAAGAGGCAGAGAAGGCUGCAAAGGCCGUGGAGCAGAGCGGAAAAACAGAGUUUGGCGGGCAGGUGCUUGACGUGACGUUCUUCAAGAGCAAAAAAACCCGAGAAAUGGAAAAAGUUGCCAUCAACAUGUACAACAACGCGUACAGCAGCGCAGCAGGCGCUGGGAAGGGGAAAAAGAAGGCCGCAGCAGCCCCGCAGGACAAUGCGAACGCAACAGGAUACGAGCUGUACACCCUGAUUCUCUCCCUCGCACCGAACUACACCGAGAAGAUAGCACUCGCUGGAUUCAGGAACGAAGAAGAGUUUGCAAAAAAGAUCACAGGAAUGAUACUGGAGCUGGAGGCAGAAGAAGUGAAGAGAGCAGCUGUUUUGGGAAAUGUGCUGUCCAACUACGUGGAGGAGUCUCUGGAGGAGAUAAUCUCGCACAGAAAGAAAGAGGAUAAUACGGAAGAGGCUGUAGCCAUAGAAUAA